AUGAAACGCCUCUGGACAAUCAAGCACAGCGCACCUUUCGCCCUCACGGCGUUGGCCGCGAUUCAGGCGACCCCGUCGGCUGAAGCCCAGCCAUCGCCCGUCAACCGCUACACCUUCAACGACGGCGCUGUCACCGACAUCAUCAGCGGGCAGAACGGCACACUCGUUGAUCCGUCGGGCAUCGCGUUCUACUCGGGCGGUCAGGUCCGGCUCACUAACAACAACAAUUUCAGUUCGGCGCAAGACUUCUCGUCGCCGACGGCCAACGGCGCCUACGUCGAUCUGCCGAACGGUCUGAUCAGUUCCGCGGCGAAUAACGGAUCGCUGUAUCAGUUCAGUCUGGAGUUUUGGGCCACGGUUCAAACCAAUCGUGACUGGGCUCGUCUGGGCGACUUCGGCACCAGCGUCGGCGGCGAAGAUGUGUCAGGAAGCGGCGCCACCACGGACUACUUGAUCGUCGUGCCCCGCACGGGCGGUCGUCCCACACCCGAGGAGACCAACAAGUUCAGCGUCUCGAGCCACUCAGCGGGUGGGCAAGAAGACUUCAUCUCGGCGCCGUCCGAGUUGGCGGCGGGCGUCGAGCAUCACGUCGUCGUGACGGUGGAUCAGACAGACUUCACCGGCGGCGGCAACGGAACGCUGUCGCUCUAUCUUAACGGCUCCCUGGUGAACUCGGGCCCGGUUGAAGACGAAGGCUUCAUCGACUUCACGCUCUUCAGCGAUAACAACAACUGGCUCGGCCGCGCGCAGUGGGGAGACCCGCUCUUCGAUGGAAGCUACAACGAGUUCAGCGUUUACGAUUACUCGCUCAGUGCUCAAGACGUGCUCGACAGCUUCAACGCCGGUCCGGUUCCCGGUGAGCUGGCUGUUCCGCAGCUCGUCGUCAAUCGUGACACCGGCGAGGUCACGGUCAACAACGCCACGGGUGAGCAGCUCAGCUUGCUGAGCUACUCGAUCGCGUCGGAGUCGGGCUCCAUCGACAACGUCGCAUGGACUUCGAUCGACGCGACAAACUUCGACGCCAACGGCGUUUGGACGUCGACGUCUGACACUCCGGAGUUGAUCGCCGAAGGGACCACCGGCGACGGCGGUCAGAUUGCCUCGGCGGCGGGCCGGACAAUCGGCAAUGCCUGGAACCCCUCGCCGUACGAAGACCUCGUUUUCAACUUCACGCUUGCCGGCGGCUCGCCGCUUGCCGGUGAGGUGGUUUACGUCGGCAACGACGGCGCAGCCAUCGCCAACACCGACCUGAACGCCGAUGGCGUUACGGAUGCGGAUGACUUCUACCUGUUCGCCGCCGCUUCGCAGGGCGACCUCAGCGGGAUGUCUGCCUACGAGCUCUACAAGAACGGCGACCUCAACGGCGACGGCGCCAACAACUACGUCGAUUUCAGGUUGUUCAAGGACGCCUUCAUUGCCGCCAACGGCGCCGCCGCGUUCGCCGCUCUCGCCGCCUCGGUGCCGGAGCCGACCAGCCUGUUGCUCGUUGUCGGCGCCGGCGUUGGGCUGGCUUUCCGUCGCGCGGCCCACGCGAACACCGUCGCUUACUGGCGUUUCGAGACCGGCCCCGCCGACACGAACGUCAUCCACUUGGCUGGUGACGACGCCGGCAAUACCUACUCGGCCGACAUCCCCGACGUGUCGGGCAAUGGCCACGACCUCUCGGCAUGGAUCACCGGCGGUUGCUGCGGCUACGCCUACCGCUCCGACGUCGCGACGGGCACGAUCGCGAACACGGGCGGCGGCCCGGGCAUGUUCACCGGCCCGACGGGCAUCGGCUCGAUCACGCCGUCCGCCUUCACGAUCGAGGCUUCGUUCCGUCUAGAGAACGGCGGCUUCCGAACGAUCAUCGGUCGCGAUGGUACGGAUGUGGCCGACCAAAACCGUGAACUCGCGCCGGUCUACCUGCAAGCGGUCCCGGGCAACGCUCUGGCGAUCAAGUUCGCGGACCAAGAGGGCUAUUGGCACGAAGCGGUGUCGCCGGCGGAGAUUCUCAACACCUUCGCUCCUCCGAACACAACCGAAGGCGAUUGGUACCACGCCUCGGCCGUGAGCGACGGUUCGACAUUGUCGCUGUACUUGGCGAACGCCACUCAAGGCACCGGUUACCAGCUCGUCGCCCAAACCGACAUGACGUUGAGCGGCAGCACGAAUACGGCGAUGGCCACGCCCGCCGGCGACGGCGGCGAUUGGGACGCCGGUAACUGGACCGUCGGUCGCGGCAUGUACAACGGCGGCCACGGCGACCGCGCCUACGGGUUCAUCGACGAGGUCCGCAUUAGCGACAGCGCGGUUUCGCUGUCGGACAUGCUCCACUUCGCCGGCGGCCAGAACCUGUCGAUCGAGGUCAACACGUCGACCGGCGCCGUCACGCUUAAGAACAACUCGUCCGGCGCUGUGACCCUCGACUACUACGAGAUCACCAGCGACGCCGGCGCGCUUAAUCAGUCAAGCUGGAACAGCAUGGCGGACCAGGGCGUUGAAGUGAGCCCCCCCGGCGACUACAGCGGCGACGGUGUUGUCGAUGCCGCGGACUACACGGUCUACCGUGACGGUCUGGGUUCGACCUUUGCUCAGGCCGACUACGACGUCUGGGCCGCGAACUACGGCGCCAGCGCCGAAGACGGCUACGGGUGGACCGAGGCGGGCGGUUCGGACGCCAACAUCCUGUCGGAGUUGCUGCUCGAUGUCGCGGGCACAUCGCUCAUGCCGGGCGAGUCGAUCUCGUUGGGCGCCGCGUACAGCACGGCCGUUGGCGGGCAGGACCUCGAGUUCAGCUACGGCCGUCCGGGGUCGGGCCUGUUCGUUGGCGGCGUGACCUACGUCGGCGCGGCGGCGACGAUCCCCGAGCCGGCGACGCUGGCUCUGGUUGCUCUGGGCAUGGCGGCGCUGGG